UCCACACUGCCCAGCUAACAAAGUUGUUCUAUAAAUUUAAGCUAAUAGAACAUUUAUAUCCUAUUAAAGUUUUAUAGAUAUAUCUAGGACACUAAAUUACUGUAUUAAUGGAGCAUAUGAGACUAUUUUGUUUUCAAGAACUGAAUUGUUCUUUAAACUCAUUGCAAGAACGUUCUUAGGGCAUAUAUUAUAGAACAGUUAUAAGACCAGUGUAAAAUUUGCUCUAUAAGGAUGCUCUGUGACAUAAUUUUACAGCAACGUGCUUAUAGAAUCAAAUUAUUGUAAAGCCGAUGCAAAAUAGAGCUCAAAAGGACAAAACCACACCCUGUACAACUCUUAUACAAUUAUCCCAUAAUGUCGCCUGUACAGUCUUAAUAGAACUAUUGUAUAAGAGUUUGGUAUGUGACGAUUAUGCUACGAAUACCAAAUAGCAAAUAUGGAAGCUGCUAUCGAACUUAAAAGGGAGCAGCUCUAUAAGGUUAUUUUAUAGAAUAAUAAUGUAGUUCUUAUACAAUAAUUAUAAAGCAAAUUUUUGUUUUUUCCAUCUUUUUUGUUCCUUAUAAAAACGCUACAGAAUUAGGUACAAUAUCUCAAUUAUUAUUGACUCCAUUUUGUUUUAAGUGUACAGGUUUUGGGCAACGUCCGAGAGAACGUCUUGUUUAAAGUAGUAAUAAUGUCUUUUAGUGGUAAAUGGAAGAAAGUAAAAAAAAGUGGGGCAUUUCGGAGGCAAACGAAAAAAAUUUAUGAAAGUUUAUUAAGCAAUAGUGUUCAUUUAAAUCACUCUACCACUGCUACAAGUGAUUUCCAAGAGGUUAAAGUGCCUGAUAAAACAGUAUUACAAGAAGACAGUGCCACAGUGAGCGAGGAAGAACAAAAUACCAUAAAUUUCGACACAGAAAGGCAAAAAGAUGGAGAAGAAAUUAUAAAAAGAAACGAUUGGCUAAUAGAGCUUCAAAAUUUUGAAGAAGAUGAUUCAGUAAUAUCAGAAUUAGAACAAAACGCCGAGUUUGCAAGAGAUCUCCGGAUGUGGGCGGUCAAAUUUAAUAUCUCACAUUCGGCGUUGAGGGAUUUGUUUAAAGGAAUUAACAAGCGUUUACCGGGUAUUCUUCCUGCAGAUCCAAGAACGUUUUUGGAGACUUGCCAAACUGUCAUUAUGACUAAGGUUGGAAGCGGCGAUUACUGGCACCAUGGUUUUGAGGCCUGUUUGAGGGAAGCUUUAACACCAAUGCAAAACUUGCCAAAAAUCAUAAGUGUGAACAUAAAUGUGGAUGGAUUGCCUAUUUACAAAAGUAGUAAAAUUGAAUUUUGGCCCAUAGUUUUUAACAUUUAUGAGUUACCUCAAGUAAAACCUAUGAUCAUCGGCAUAUAUUGCGGUUCAGGAAAACCGUCCAGUUUAACGGCAUUUUUACAACCAUUUGUUACUGAAGCUCAAACAAUCUUUUCGGAAGGACUCCUAAUGAAUGGAGUUCGAAUUGAUAUCCAGCUGAGAUGUUUUAUAUGCGACUCACCAGCCAGGGCGUUCAUUAAAGGUGUUGCAAACUUCAACAGUAAGCACGGGUGCUUAAAAUGUACAACGGUCGGCGAAUACUCUCAUAUUUCGCACACUGUGUUUUUUCCUAGAGCUGACUGCGAGAGAAGAACAAAUGAAAAUUUUCGUGCUAGACAAUACGGGUCACAUCAUAAACAGGACUCUCCUUUACUCCUUUUGCCCAUAGAUAUGAUUAAGGAUUUUCCCGUAGGAGACUCACUACAUUUACUGGAUUUGGGUGUCAUGAAGAAAUGUUUGUUAGGCUGGAGGGAUGGCAGCUUUGGUAGCUACAAAACAAAAUGGUGCGCCAGGGAUAUAGAUAAAGUUUCAAAGUUUUUGGAAAAAUGUAAAAUGCCCUCCGAGUUCCAUAGGUCUGUGCGUGGUUUGGACGUUUUAUGUCACUGGAAAGGUACAGAAUACCGCACAUUUUUACAUUACCUAGGAAUAAUUAUACUCAAAGAUGUCCUGGCCCCUGAAGUAUACCUACAUUUUCUACUUUUUUUCUGUGCGGUGACUAUAUGUUCAUCAAAUUUAUAUAAACAUUUUCUGGAUUUAGCAGAAACCUUACUCGAUAAUUAUGUAGAAUACUACAGAGACUUCUACGGGGAAGAUUAUAUUACCAGCAACGUACAUAAUUUGACACAUUUGGUUGAAGAAGUGAAAAAUUUUGGUACAUUGUCAUCUUUUAAUGCUUAUCCCUUUGAAAACAAACUUUUUCAAAUAAAAAAAUUAUUAAGAAAUGGUAACUUACCUCUGGCACAAGUUGCUAAAAGGAUAAGUGAAAUAAUAAAAAUGGAAAAUGCUCUCUUAAAAGAAAAUCAUUCUGUGGGUUUCCAACACUUUCCCAAAUUAAAAAAUGAUAAUGGUACAGGACAUUUUUUUAAAUUAGAGCUUAAAGAAUAUUCUUUGUCAUCGGAUUACCAAAAUAAGUGGUUUUUAACUCAGAAUAAUAAUGUUGUUACUUUCCAUUAUGCAUUGUUAAAUGAUGAAGGAAAGACACUUAUAUAUGGUUCCCCUGUAAAAGAUUUGGCGGAUGUUUUUGAUGUGCCUAUCAAAUCAUCUUAUUUGAACAUUUUUAAAUCAAACCUAGUAGAAUAUAAAUCUCCAAAUCAAUAUUUAAUAUCUGAAAUUAAGAGUAAGGUGGUUGCUAUAGAAUAUAAUGGAACAACUGUAUUCUUUCCUUUAUUACAUUGUUUACAAAAAUAAAAUGUUAAUACAGGUUUAACAACAUAAAAAAAACGCGCCUUAUACCUAAGAUUAUUAUAUUAUUUGGAGAGUAAGUAAGUAAAGUAGUAAAGUAAUUAGGAACUUUUUAUGCUUACAUAUUAAAAAAUACCUAUGUAAUAUAACACAAACUAAAAUAAACAGUAUUCUUAAAAAAAAUAAAACAAUUUUCUUUUCUUUGGCAUUGUAGCAAUACUACUACAACUCCUAAAACCCAACCUUCCUAAAAACAUUAAUUUAAAAUGUAUCCACAAUAGAAUGAUUCAUACUUAACCAUCAGUCACUUCGUUCUUCCACUUCAUGGUCAUGGUCCUCUUUAUGCGGAACAUCCCCGGAAAUAUCCUUAGAAGUGUCAUUUUGAGAUGCGAUUUUUUUGGACCGCCUUUUAACCGUUGAUGCGCGCGAAAAGUCGCUUUUGCUACGUCUCGUUGAGUUUCUAAUUACAUUUUUAAAAAAUUCCUCGCAAUCUUUAUGCGUAAAACUUUUGUCUGACAACUGUAUGACAUUAUAAAAAAGUAAGAUAACGUUUUUGUACAUUUUAAAUGCCACUUUUUCUCUUUCGCCUCUUGCGCCACCAGCCCACGAACAUAAGGUCAUAAAUUUUCUUGUAAACAUUCUAUCUACUAAAGUGAAGCUAUUAUUUACCCCAUGACCAUCUCCUCUUUUGCCACAGACGUAGCUUAGUUUCUCAGUCUUCUCUUUCAUUAUUUCUUUAUCUCGUAAACUUUCUUCGAGUGCAUCUAAGUCUUCAAUGGUUUCAAUUUGCUUUAUAGAAUCAUUUUGGACAAUGGGAGUUGCUUUUUUACAGGUGCAAUUAAUAUUCGACACCUUCCCUGCCACUACAUCCCCCAUGGCCUCUAAUUUGGAUAACUGUUGCAAUAUUUUUAAUUGAUUUUCACUCGUUCCUAAAUUUUGCAAAGUUUCAAUAAUUAAAUUUUGGUUACUUAUAAUUAUACUUUGAUUCCCAAGAAUGGUUGAUAAUGCGCUGGUUGGUAAUACGUCAUUUAUCGUAGCAGUUAAACAUGAUGAUUGUUCGACUGAAUAAUUGUUAUCGCUUAUUUGGUCUGCAUUUAUAUACGAGUAGACAACGUUUUGUUCAGAACUGUCAGUAACUAAAGUAUUUUCUGAUGAGAUGCCGUAUUCAAUAGUUUUAGAUGUAGUCGCGUCUGCAUCCUAUAAAGUACAAAAUUAAAAUGCUUUAUGCCUUCCAUAUGGAAAAAAACGGGAAAACUUACCGUGCAAACAGCCUUUAUUGCCAUUUCGUUAAAGUCAUACCCAGAUGUGCUUUUUUUGGGGAGCAUAACUCUAACUCGUUUUGGCCUUGGUACUACCUCUGGUUCCUCUGACUCAGUUGAAUCUUCUUUUUUAAGCAUAGCUCGUAACUCCUUUUCAGCAGUUUCAUAUGUUUCCAAUUCUCUUCUUUUCAAUUUACAGCUCAUUUGGAACCAGGAAUCUUCAGGGAUAGACGUCCCUAUUUUAAUAAGUUUUUCUGCCUUCAUUUUUGGCCAAAAAAGUAUCCCUUCUUGUUCCCAAGCCUGGGGGACUACGGUUAGUUGCUUAGAACCUUUUUCUAUUGUCUCGACUAUUUUAUACAUUUUUUGUUUGUUAAAACAAUGCUAAAACAAUAACUUAAACAAAUAAUUAAUCUGGAAUUAUGCCUAAUAACAACAUACCUUUUAUGAAAUCACCGUUAAAAAAUAUCCUAAACAACUAUAAACAGAAAGGCAACAGGUACCAAAAUUGUACCAAAAUAUUGUUAAAUAAGUUUUGAGGUUAUGUUUACAAAUAUGUUGUCACAUCACCACCUCCACACAAGGCCAUCAACCUUUUUCAAUAUGGCGGAGAUAGAAGUGCUUUAUUUGG